AUGGAGAAACAAAUACACAAUCUCGACCCUCAUCCCGGUGCAGGAGACCUCGAAGCUAAUCCGCAACACACGCAGACCGUCAUUCCCUUCGAGAAGAUCGAACCUACAACGUCUGUCGGUGGUGCUUCACUGACGCUCACCGAGUCUGACCCCCAUGGCAGCCGACCAUCGUGUUUCAGCAGUCUCGUCCAAGAAUGCCUGUUUGUCCUGACCACCACCGUCGCCGUGGGCCAAAGUUCCAUCUUCACCGGUGCCGUUAUCUGCAUGACCAACUACAUCGCGGAGGACCUGAACAUGACCGCCGCCGAAGUGACUUGGAUCAACGCUGCGCAGACGCUUGCGGCCGGAACCUUCUUGCUCUUCUUCGGCCGCGUGGCGGAUCUGUUUGGGAGACGGUUCCUGUUCUUACUCAGCCUGGCUUUCUUCAGCACUUGUCUUCUCAUCGCUGGCUUUGCCACCAAUGCAAUCUACCUGAACGUAUUCUGUGGCCUGCUGGGCCUCAGCUCCGCCGCUUCUGUGCCUCCGGCCAUCGGAAAGCUGGGUGCAGUCUAUGAAAAGCCGUCCCGGCGGAAGAAUAGAGCGUUUGCCUGCUUCAGUGCAGGCAAUCCGGUCGGCUUCGUCUUGGGAGCUUUCAUCUCGGGCGUGACCAUGCAGAUUUCGACUUGGAGGGCAGCAUUCUGGGUCAUGUCUGUGAUCUAUGCCAUUUUUACGCUUGCCGCCUGGUGGACCACCCCCUACGAUGUCGAACAGAAACUUGGCGGCCUGAACAUGGAGACCUUUCUCAAGUUCGAUCUCCUCGGUGCUCUUCUCGCCGUGACGGGGAUCGCGAUGUUCACCGCUUCGUUGACGUUAGCUGGAGACGCCCCGAGAGGGUGGGACACGUCCUAUGUGAUCACUUUGCUGGUGGUGGGAAUCGUCCUGAUUGGCGGUUUCAUAUACUGGCAAAGUAUCUUCCGCUAUCCUCUGAUGCCGCUGAAGGUCUGGAAAGAUCGCAAUUUCACUCUCGUGGUCCUGGUCCUGUGUCUUGGAUUCUACGGAUUUGCCGGGAAUAUCUUCUGGCUCACGCUCAUGUGGCAGCGGAUCGACCGUCUGUCUCCCCUGAUGAAUGCAGUCCAGCUGCUGCCGGCUGGGAUUGGAGGGAUUGUCGUCAACGUCAUCGCGGCCGUGAUCAUGCAUCGCAUCAGCAACAAGCUGAUCAUGAUUGUCGGGGCCGUCAGCGCCGUGGUUGCCUGUGCCCUCUUCAGCGCCACGUCCACGUCUAUCUCCUACUGGGCUCUGACUUUUCCCGCGCUCCUGUUCAGUGUGCUGUCGCAAGACCUGGAAUUCACCGUCACAAAUAUGUAUGUGAUGUCGAGCUUACCUAGCGAGCAACAGUCGGUCGCAGGGGGAUUGUUCAACACGGUCACUAGGUUGACUGCCACAGUGGGACUGGGGAUUCAGACGAGUAUCUACAACAGUGCUGGAGGGUCGGCAGAAGGAGCUGGAUCGUCAAGGUACCGACCAUAUCAAGCAACGUUUUGGGUGUCGCUAGUUGGCUCGGUCGUUGCAUUAUUUUUGGUCCCAUUUAUCACCAUUGGUCGUCAAGGCGGGCGGAAGAAGCCUGCGAACGGAAGGUAUCAAGAUUAA